AAUCUUGACAGCAUGCAGGCGCGGUACGACGACGCAUUGAUGGGCAUCGUGCAGAAGGAAGGCAGCAUCCAUGGCCUUCUGCAUGUCUUCUUCGACUUCCUGCACCGCAACACCGACUUCUACGUCGUCUCGGACAACCCGCAGCGUCAAAUGGGCUUUGCACCCGGCGUCGCCCAGAACCUGGUGCUCCAGUCGUUUCAGCGCUUUCCAAUGAAGCCGCUUGAUGCUGUACCGGUGCGUGCGCCGCCGGCCGCGACGGUGCAGCCACCGCCGACACAGCAGCCCGACACCCGCCCGAUAGCGCUGACCGACGACGGCAAGCAAGUACCGGAAGGCAAUGGUGGGCGAACGGACAAGUACUCGUGGACACAGUCGCUGCAAGAACUCACGGUGACGAUCCCAGUACCCGCAGGCACCAAGUCGAGAGACCUCGACGUGCGCAUGACGAGUGCGUCGGUACACGUCGCCAUCAAAGGUCACAGUGCGCCGCUGGUCCACGGCACGUUUCCGGGCAAAAUCAAAGUCGAAGAGUCGCUGUGGUCGCUUGACUCGAGCGAAGCCGUUGUCUUGUCGCUCGAGAAAGCAACGCCCAAGACGUGGUGGAAGUCCGUACUCGAGGGCGACGCCGAGAUCGACACGACCAAAGUCGACUCAACCAUGCACAUUAGCGACUACGAUCCUGUGACGCAAGGCGCGAUUCGCAAAGUCAUGUACGAGCAACGGCACGGAGGCAGCGGGUCGUCGGACGCCAAGUACCCUCCGAUGAACGACGGUCCACCACGGCUCUAGAUCCACAAGUCUACGAUUUUGCAACCAAGUCUGGCAUACUUUCACUUUUAGUAGAUGGUUGUGCGACUACUGAUGCAACUGGAAUCGCGCCGCAAUGUUCGAGUCUACAGUGGAUUUUGGUGGAGUCGCAGAGGGAUGUAGACGCCUAGAUGAGUUUAGUACAUGUGUGAUAAAGUCUUGUGCUCUACUAUCAUAAUGAGAUUUGUGCCGAC